AUGUCUUCCUCCUUUGAUUGUUUCUGCUCCACCUUUGGCUUCUCCUCUGGUCCAGUACCAGAUUUCUUGACAGCCUUUACUGCUUUGGCCUUGAUCUCCUUGGGUAUUUUCACACGGACAGCAGUUGAUGGAUCCCAGUUGGCGGGAUACAAACUCAACAGAGGCCAUCUCUGA